AUGUUCAUUCUUUUAAUUAUGUCUGUCCUAUUUCUGUUUUUGCUUUGUUUUCCGUUUCCGAUUUUCCUUAAUUCCUUCAAUUUAUUUUCAGUCUUUUCUUUCUAUCCCCCUUCCGAUAUUGCCUUUUUAUCGUUUUCCAUUUCUUUCUUUAAUUUAGCCUCUGUGCUAUUUUUUCCUUUGCACCUCUUGCUUUCUGUUCACUUAUCUAUCUUUUCCUCGACCGUUUUGUUUGUUUUUUCCACCCCACCAUCUUUCUUUCGUCCACUAUUUUUUUUUUUUUACUUUCAGUCUUUCUGUGUCUUCUUUUUUCCUUUCAUUCAUUCCCUUUCAUUUAAAUUUCGCUUUUUUUCUUUUAAACUAAUUUCUGUCGCAAUUGAGCGCUUCUUGGACUUGCUUCUUAUAAACUUUUCCUCCUCCUUUCACCAUCCUUAUCCUCUUUACUUUUUCUCUCUCUCUCAUUUUACAGAAAUCUCUUUAUUUUGCUUAUCCUAUUCCUCUUUUCGUUUCUUUUUGUCUAUCUUAUUUGUUGUUCGCUAUUUUUCAUUCUUCCCUUCCCAAUUUCCUGUUUGGGCCUCCAUUCCACUGGCUAUUAAACGCCCUGUUUUUCUUCCCAUCCUGGACAGCUACUUUGAUAAUUUUUUUCUUUUCUUUCUUGGUAUUUUUCUAUUUUUUCUUUUUUUCCUUUUAGAGCUUAAUAGUUCUUAUUUUCUUUUCAACGAUUUAUAUUUUCCUAUCGUCUUUCUUUUUUUUUUUCUUUCAAAGCUUGUAUUUUCCUAUUUUCUUUCGACGCUUAGUAUUUUUCUAUUUUCAUUUUUCAGAGCUUCUUAG